AUGAAUGUUGAUGUCAUUUCAGAGUCACUCAAAACGGAAAUAGAAGAAAUAGCUCUAAAAUCGGGAAUUGAUGUACGUGAUUAUGCUGCUCAAGUUGAAUCAGAGUUAACGAAAAUAGAAGAAUCACUUAUAAAGACAUAUAUAACGGUCAGUCCUGAAGUAGCUAGUUUGCAUAACCAAAUUAUCUCAUGUGAUGCUAUCCUAGAGCGGAUAGAAAACAUACUGACUAAUUUUCAUGAAGAUUUGGGUGCCAUUAGCACAGAAAUCCAGGAUUUGCAAAGCAAAUCUCUACAAAUGAACACUCGGUUGCAAAACAGACAGGUUGUUCGGAGUAAUUUAAGCCAGUUUCUUUCAGAUAUGGCCAUUCCUGAAGAGCUUAUACGACAUAUCAUGUACACUCCUGUUACUGAACAAGAGUUCCUUGAAAACCUUCAUGAAUUAAAUCAUAAAAUGAAUUUCUCGUCAGAGCAAUCUAUGGUGGAUUACAAAUCAUUUAACGAUGUUAGUGUACUUCUAAAAAAGUUGAGAAUUAAGGCUGUUACAAAAAUCCGGGAAUUUCUGUUGGGUAAAAUAUACUCCUUACGUAAGCCACUUACAAAUUAUCAAGUUCCUCAAAACCAAAUGCUGAAAUUUCGAUUUUACAAUUCGUUCCUCUUAGCUCAUGAUCGAGAGAUAGCUAAAGAAGUUAGGGUGGAGUAUAUCAAUACGAUGAGUAAAGUUUACUACGCCUAUUUUAAGGCUUAUGGUGGUAAAUUAACCAAAUUACAACUUGAUACAACUUAUGAAAAAGAUGAUUUAUUAGGGAAAAAUCCAGAUAAAUACAAUUCUGCAUCAUCUACAUCCAGUCUGAUGUUCAAUUCAAUUACUAAUGUUACUAAUAAUCCAACCGUAUCAGUGUCUUCUAAUUCUGGAACACGUGUUGGACUUUUUGGAUUAAGUGAUCGUGCACUUCGUGUACUUGGUAAAUCGAAUCUAGAAAGUGCUAUUAUUUUACCACAUGUGGCCAGCAACGUGGAUGCUAAAUACCCUAUUGAAGUUUUAUUUCGUUCCAUUCACUACGCGCUUCUGGAUACUGCAUGUCGAGAAUAUUAUUUUCUGUCAGAUUUCUUCCUUCUUAGCACAGAAACUGAGUCUGUUGAUUCACCACCAUCUUGCAAUCAAAGUACACCCAAUCAAGGUCGAACUCAAAGUGGUGUAGCCUUAGCUCAUUUAUUCGAGCAAGUUAUGAGUCGUAGUUUAAGUUGGAUACAUAAAUUUACUGGAACUUUCAUGAUUUCUUCUUGUUCUCAUGAUGCAGUCGGUUUAUUAAUUUGUCUUCAGCUUUUACAUGCUUUGCUUCGUCUGGCUAAAGAGAGAGGGGUACCUGUGUUGGAUGAUUUUUGGGGUAAAAUGACUGAGACUUUGUGGGUACGUGUUACUGAUAGACUGGAUGUACAUAUAGCAUCCAUGCUGCAGUAUUUGGAUGUCAGCAGUUUUAGUACAGACGCUCGUGAUAUUAUGAAGUCCAAUUUAUCCACCCUAAAUGUCAAUAUACCUACAAAUGCUACCGGAAAUACCACUGUCAGUUUACACCCUAAAAUGUAUGCUCUUAUUCGUCCUCAUUGGAUAGCCAGACGUUAUGCUGAAUUAGCUGCUAGCCUACAUUCAAUCGGACAUCAUUUCCCUGGUACUCCACUUUUUGAUGACAGUAUGAGUAAAUCUAAGAGUUCAGAGAGUUCAAAUUUACAGUACUCUUUACACAAUGAACCAACAUUUCAACAAAAUCUUGCAAAUUUGAAGCCUGCUUUAGACCCUCGUAUCCUCAGUCGUUUGGCUCAAUUGCAAAAUCAAUUCGAACAUGUACUGAAUUCUCUAGCCAAAACAUUUUCACGUCCAAAAUUAGCACACAUAUUUCUAAUCAACAAUUAUGAUUUGGUUAUAAGUGUACUAACUGAACAUGGAGCUGCUGAUUCUUCCGAGGUUAUUCGAUGUCGUGAAGCUGUAGCGAAGCAUAUGACAUCAUACAUCGAUGAAGCCUUGUCACCUUAUUUUGGUUGUCUGAUAUCUUUUGUUCGCGAUGUCGAAGCCAGAUCAACUAGUGAAAGUCAUCAUCUGUCGAAAAAUCAAGACGAAGUGACCCAAAAUAUUCGUAGUGAGGAAGCUCGUGUAACACGAAUAGUGAAGGGCUUCAAUAUUGAUUGGAAGAAUUCGAUUGAAAAAAUACAUGAUGAAAUCAUGAUGGAGUUUGCCAAUUUUACCUUGGGGACACAAAUAUUUCAGGGUUUACUUGCUCAACUUAUUCAACAUUACCAUCGUUUUCAAAAAGUGAUGACACAAAGUCCCUACAAAAAUAUGCCUAUACGUAAUCAGUUGGUAAAUAUACAUCAGAUUACAAAUGAAAUGAAAAAGUGUAAAACAAACUUUUCUUAA